AUGCCGGGUCUUGUCGAGGCGGUUCCUGGCCCUUGGACCCGCCCCCUGCCACUGCUGCUCUACGUUGUGCUGCUGCUGCUGAGAGGCUGGAGCCACGCCGCUCCGUCCGGCCCGGAGUCCGACUCCUGCUCCACUUUAGUCCAGAGCCGCUUUUUUGGCUCCUUCCAGUCGUCGGAAGUGUUCCCCACUGUGCCUUGCUCCUGGACCCUCCAGAACCCCGAUCCUCGACGCUACACCAUCUUCAUCAAGGUAACCAAACCCGUGGAGGACUGCGUCCCGGCGCAGCUGCGCACGUUCCAGUACGACUCUUUCGUGGAGACGACGCGCACCUACCUAAGCAUGCAGAGCUUCGACCAGGUGGUGAGGCUGUGCGACGCCUCCGCCCCGGUGGCCUUCUUGGAGGCUGGCAAGCAGUUCCUCCAGAUGAGGAAGGGCCCUCCUCGGUCGGGCGCGGCGCCAGCGGGCAGCGACGGGGAGUUCAAGACGGAGUACCUGGUGGUGGGGAAGCGUAACCCCAGCAUGGCGGCCUGCCAGAUGCUGUGCCAGUGGCUGGAGGACUGCUUGGCCGCCAGCUCGUCCAGCAGGCCGUGCGGCAUCAUGCAGACGCCGUGUCUGUGCUGGGAGCCGCCGCCACAGCUCAGCGAGGGCGACGGCUGCUACCACAAUGGAGUUUACCUGGAAAACUGUUUGCCCAGCCUGAAAGAGACGGGAAAGCCUGGGCAGAAAGCCGGCGGCUGGAGUGCGUGGGGCCAGUGGGCGCAGUGCAGCAGUGACUGCAGAGGCGGGAUGCAGACCCGGACCCGGACCUGCCAGUCUCCUCCGGAGGACUCGUUCCUCUGCGAGGGCAUCGUGGAGGAGGGGCGGCCCUGCACCUCCGAGUCCUGCUCAGGCCAUGGCCGCCAUCUCUCUCGCAGCCAGUCCCUUCGCUCGGUGGACAGCCGCAAGCGUGAGGACAUAGACAAGCCCCGGCCCGGACCGCAGAGCCCUCAGACAGUAGACUCAGCUUCAGGUGAGGAGUGGUCAGCGUGGAGUAUGUGUUCUGCUACAUGUGGGGAGGGCUGGCAGAGUCGCACUCGUUUCUGUGUGUCCUCCUCCUACAGCACCCAGUGUAGUGGGCCACUGCGAGAGCAGAGACCCUGCAACAACUCUGCUAUUUGUCCAGUGCACGGCGCCUGGGACGAGUGGUCACCCUGGAGCUUGUGUUCGUCCACCUGUGGCCAAGGCCUCAGGUCCCGGGCACGUACGUGCACGCCCCCGCAGUUUGGGGGGAAACCCUGUGACGGCCCUGACGAGCAAACUAAAUUCUGCAACAUAGCAGUGUGUCCAGUGGACGGUGUCUGGAACGAGUGGUCCAGCUGGAGCUCCUGUUCGUCCUCCUGCUCCAACGGGACCAUGCAGAGGACUCGGGAGUGUAACGGCCCCUCGUACGGGGGGUCCGAGUGCAGAGGGGAGUGGCUGGAAACUGUGGACUGCUUCCUGGGAGAAUGUCCGGUGGACGGGAAAUGGCAGCCGUGGUCACUGUGGACGGGCUGCUCUAAGACCUGUGGAGGGGGCAGUCAGCACAGGAACCGGAUCUGUUACGGCCCGUUCUUCGGAGGCGAGCCGUGUCCGGGAGAGCGAGAGGAGGUCCGGCGCUGCAGCGAGAAGCGCUGUCCAGAACCCCACGAAAUCUGCAGUGAGGACAACUUCUCCAACGUGGUCUGGAAGAUGACUCCGGCCGGGGACACGGCGGCGGUGCGCUGCCCUCCCAACGCCAUGGGCCUGAUCCUGCGCCGCUGCACCCUGGACGAGGAGGGCAUCGCCUACUGGGAGAACCCCACCUACAUGAAAUGCAUCUCCAACGACUACCGCAGCAUCCAGACCCUGACUCGGGAACAUCUGUCCAAAGCCCAGCGCGGCCUGGUGGGAGACGGCGUUUCCGAGGUGAUGACCAAGCUGAGGGUGACGUCCAGCGACGGCACCAGCUACAGCGGAGACCUGCUGGCCAUCGUGGACGUGCUGAAGAACAUGACGGAGAUCUUCAGGAGGGCCUACUACAGUCCCAGCAGUGCAGACAUGAGGAACUUCGUGCAGUCGGUCAGCAAUCUGUUGAUGGAGGAGAACCGGGAGAGAUGGGAGGAGGCACAACUGCUGGGACCUAACAUCAAGGAGCUGUUCCGCCUGGUGGAGGACUUUGUGGACGUCAUCGGCCUGAGGAUGAAGGACUUCCAGGACAUGUACGAAGUGACCGAUAAUCUGGUCCUCAGCAUCCACAAGCGUCCAGUUGUUGGACAUGCAGACAUCAGCUUCCCCAUGAAGGGCUGGAGGGGCAUGGUGGACUGGGCCCGCAGCUCCGAGGACCGCGUCACCAUCCCCAAGAACAUCCUGACCACCGGCAAGCCAGACUCGGACGACUCGUCCACGUUUGUGACCGGCAUCGUCCUGUACCGGAACCUGGGCAGCAUCCUGAGCUUACAGAGAAACGGCACCGUGCUGAACUCCAAAGUCCUGUCGGUGGCCAUCAAACCGUCGCCGGCUUCGCUCUCCGCUCCCGUCGUGGUGGAGUUCUCUCAUCUGUACAACGGAACCAGCAACCAGACCUGCAUUUCCUGGGACGAGAGUGACAGCUCCUCUCUGCUGGGAUCCUGGGCUGCCAGAGGCUGCAGAGCCGUGCUCGUCGACUCCUUCAGAACCAAAUGCGUGUGUGACAGACUGUCCACCUUCGCCAUCUUAGCCCGGCUCAAUCCCGACAUGAACAUGGACAAGCUGCAGCUGCCGUCAGUGACGCUCAUCGUGGGCUGUGGAGUGUCUUCACUGACCCUGCUGCUGCUCAUCAUCAUCUACGUGUCAGUGUGGAGAUACAUCCGGUCCGAGCGCUCCGUCAUCCUCAUCAACUUCUGCCUCUCCAUCAUCUCCUCCAACGCCCUGAUUCUCAUCGGACAGACGCAGACUCGCAAUAAAGUCUUGUGCACCCUGAUUGCAGCGUUCCUCCACUUCUUCUUCCUGUCCUCGUUCUGCUGGGUUCUGACGGAGGCGUGGCAGUCCUACAUGGCGGUGACGGGCCGCCUCAGGAACCGGAUCAUCCGAAAGCGCUUCCUGUGCCUGGGCUGGGGUCUCCCGGCUCUGGUGGUGGCCAUCUCCGUGGGAUUCACCAAGGCCAAAGGAUAUGGAACGCAGAGCUACUGCUGGCUCUCUCUGGAAGGAGGUCUGCUCUAUGCCUUUGUGGGACCGGCUGCAGCUGUAGUCUUGGUGAACAUGGUUAUUGGGAUUCUCGUUUUUAACAAACUGGUGUCCAAAGACGGCAUAACUGAUAUGAAACUAAAGGAGAGGGCGGGGGCGUCACUGUGGAGCUCCUGUGUGGUUCUGCCACUCCUCGCCCUCACAUGGAUGUCGGCUGUGCUCGCCAUCACCGACCGGCGAUCUGCGCUCUUCCAGAUCCUUUUUGCAGUGUUCGAUUCCCUGGAAGGCUUUGUGAUUGUCAUGGUGCACUGCAUCCUGCGUAGAGAGGUCCAGGAGGCAGUGAAGUGCCGCGUGGUGGACCGGCAGGAAGACGCCAAUGGAGAUUCGGGGGGGUCCUUCCAGAACGGCCACGCCCAGCUCAUGACUGACUUUGAGAAGGACGUGGACAUGGCGUGCAGAUCAGGAACCACGAAGCGCUCGUCGCUGCAGGGGGAGGAGAAGGCGUCGGCUGGCUCUGCUACUCUUCAGAAGGGAUCAAACUUCAACACCAUGCCAGCCAGCAUGGCUAAGGUCCACCUCCAGAACGUGGCCGACUACACCAGCCACACGCUCACGCUGCGCCGGGAGAAAGGCGCCGCCAAGGGCAUCAGCACCGAGCUGCCCGGCGCCAAAUCCAUCUACAUCUGCGACGGGGAGCUCUUCAAGCAGCUGGACGGAGAGAUGCCUCGUGGGAACGGCGAGGGAAGCAGCUCCGAGGCGGCUGGCAAGGCGACCAGAGACUCGCCGGCACACAGCCUGCAGCCGGUGCCCAGAGACUCCCAGGCGGGCGGCACCGUGUGUGAUGGCGGGGAGCCCGGCAGCUCGGCGGCGAUGUCCAAAGGCGAGACCGUGUCCACGCUGUCCAUGAGUUCACUGGAGAGACGAAAAUCACGCUAUGCAGAGCUUGACUUUGAGAAAAUAAUGCACACCCGGAAACGCCACCAGGACAUGUUUCAGGACCUGAACAGGAAGAUUCACAGUGCAGACAAGGAUAGAGAAUCUCCACCUGUUGACGCCAAAGCUGCCAAAAGAUGGAGCGUGUCCUCCGCCAGCAGCGACAAGACCAGCAUGAGUGACAAGCAGCAGACCCCCAGUAAGAGGGCGUGGGACGCCAUCAGGAAGACGCACUCGCCGCCGUCCUGGGUGAGGAAGGACCUGGAGGCGGUGGGCGCCUCGCCCCUGGAGCUGCAGACGGUGGAGUGGGAGAAGACCAGCGCCACCAUCCCCCUGGUGGGCCAGGAGAUCAUGGACCUGCAGACCGAGGUCUGACCCCAGAACUUCACUGCUGUCCCAGUGCUGUCACACACACACACACACACACACACACACACACACACACACACACACACACCGUC